AUGAUACUACGCUGGUCGUUGUCAGACAAGAAACGUCUUGAAAAGAGUUUGAAUGAGUUCUCGGCACUCAAAAAUGACAUACACGAAUAUAUCAAGUUUCUAUGCCUCGGAUCCGACCUCGGCAUUAAUACCGCGCAGCAUUUAAAACGUCUACAGGAAGAUCAGAGCUCUAUUGAACUGGGCAUCAACAACGCUGCAAGACUCCAAAGCCUGCAGCUAACAAAGAUUGCCACGCAACCGGAACAAACCUCAUUCGAGCUUCCGGACUCAUGGAAUCAAUCUCUGCGCGCAGCCAUCCCGAUAGAAGACCGGUUGUCCUUCAUCGAGCACUCCGGACGUAAAUACCUCCAGGAGCGACGUCAGUGCAAUUUCGACAGCGAAGGCAGAGUAGAACGAAGAACCAAAUCUCGGGUCGACGGUCUCGCGCAGCUGCUUAAUCAACCCAAGGAUAUUGGCUUCUGCAUUCCCCGCUGCAUCGGCUGGAGCCAAUUCCCCGCGCGGCAGAGCGUCGCCUUCGUCUUUGAAAUUCCCAACCGGGCCAUCAUCGAGCCAAUCAGCCUGUUCAAGCUCAUGGACGCCAAGGAUGUCCAGCCGGGCCUCGAGGAGCGGUUCAAGUUGGCACACGCUCUGGCGAACUGCAUCUCUCAGCUGCAGCUGGUUAAAUGGGUUCACGAAAGCUUCAGGAGCGACAACAUCCUCUUCUUCCCACGAAACCUGGAGAGGGAAGCCGAAGAGUAUGAGAGCGCCUCGGGGAUCAAUUUUGGCCAGCCCUUCGUGCUGGGAUUUGAGUUCAGCCGGCCAGAAUUCGGUCUCAAUUGGUCGGAAAGUCCUGGCGAUGAUUGCGUUGAAACUAACGUCUACCGGCACCCGGAACGGCAAGGAACGCCUGUGGUGAGCUUUUCAAAGAUCCACGAUAUAUACGCUCUCGGUGUUGUUCUCCUGGAAAUUGGGUUGUGGAAGCAGGCGAUUACCUUGCAAAAAGAUCGCUUCCAAUAUUGUCGAAAUCCGGAAGUCAUCCGCGAGCAGCUCAUCAAGCAUGCAACGAGGAAACUCGCAGGAAAGAUGGGAUCCAAGUAUCAACAGCCUCAUGGCACCGCUCUGGAGAGACACAGCUGUUCAAACAUCAUUACUUUGCCUGGAGAGCUGAUAGCCAUCUACGAUCGAUGUCUCGGGUGCCUGGUCUCCUCCAAGAUAGAGUACAUCACUAUAUCCCACGUUUGGGACUCUGAGGUGUCAAAGGCACAGAAUGCUGGACGAGAUACGGUCCCGUCGACCAAUGCGCAAACUUCAGCUUUCACACUUCCCAUCAAGGUAUACCAUGGUAUCUUCAAAUCUCUCGGAAAAGACCACGAGAUCUGGCACGACUACAUUAGCGUCCCUCAGUGGACCGAAGAUCUGAAAAGACCAAUAUUGAGGACUAUUCCUCAGCUUUACAGCAAAGCUUUCUUCACCCUCGUACAUCUGCAUGAUGUUCCACCAAGAGCAGUUCAAUCCCUGCGAGCUGAUGCAUCCGAGGACAGGAUUCGAGGCAUGACAGAAAUCUGCAACGGCGUUUGGUUCCGCCGGAUCUGGACUGCAAUGGAGUACGUCCGCAGUGAGCGUGUACGGGUCAUGCUCGAAGACUACCGAAUCGCCAACGACGUUGAAGAUCUUUUCCUGGGCGCGAUGGCAGAAGUGUGGACCGAAGAAACGAGGCGUCAAGGGAACGUUCACAACGUCGAAAGGAUGGCAACCGAUAACAACCUCGUGGCAUGGCGGCUCGGGCCUUUGAAGAGCAUCGGCGCUCUGCGAGAAACCUCGUUCGGCCACGCAUUCAGCCUACUCAGCAGGCGGCUGUGUACGCAAAAGCACGAUUUCUUCUACGCACUGCUCGGUAUCGUGAAAGCGGAGCUGGAUGAGAGUAUUGACGAGGACGAUCGCCAAGCUUGCAGACAGAUCGCCAAACAGUGCCUCGAAGUUGGGGACUACAGCCCUCUUUUGAUGCUUCCGCGGUUCGAAGCUAGGCAUCGUAUGAAACUCCACGGCUACCAUGAUGUGCGUCCUUGGGGAUUGGGCCAGGAGCUAUCCUCUUCACCCAUUCAAAAUGGACUUGUCCUUAGACCGACGAAUCUCACCCUGAAGGCCGAAAAGAUCGGGAUCAUCAAAUUCGCCCGCAAGUUCCAGUCCUUGGCUUUUGACGAGCCCACGAUGCUCGCGCACCUGGCUAGCAUCGUCCUUGACUAUACAGGGCCUGACCUUGUCAGCUUUGUCUCGACCCUCGGCACCAGAAUGUGCGGGCAGAACACGCAGGAGAUCCUGGCCCAUCUGCAAAGAUGUGGAAAAAGACGACAACUGAAGACCGCACUGCUGGAGCGCUACAACUCCCCAAGGAAGACGACAUGGCCAAUCGAGGGGGAAAGCGGCAUCAAAUGGAUCGCCGAGGCCAUAGGGCUCUCAGACAUGAGCUUGACAGAUAAGGCGGAACGGAUGGGGGGCGAUACGCCCCUGGGUUUCAUUAGGGCACGAGGCGGCACCAUUCACGGAGGUGACACUGGGGCAAUCAUUGGCGUGGCUUGCCAGCGCUGCCGUGAAACUUUUCUUUUUCGCGCUGCGCUAUCGAAGCGCCCCUCCGGAGUUCUCAGCGCCUUGGCGUAUCGCAUUCCUGGCCUGGAUUACGGCUACUCAUUGAAGGACGGGGUCGGUGUCAUCGUACAGGAUGAAGUGAUAAUUGGUCGUAUGGUCUGGGCACGCCCAGCCUGUGAGUGCCGCGAGAUCGAGGAUGUGGAGCUGGAGUAUCCUGAUUGGGAAAUGCCAGACCCGAACAAGUUUUCGUACGGUGGGAGAUAG